UCGACUCUAACUCAUGGCAAUCUGUAUUCGAAUCCUGUAGGAAUACAGUAGCCGCUGCGACUCCGAAACAAUACGUAGAUAUGCCGUUCGAAUCCGAUCCGUUUUCACCUCUCUUCCGCUAUAUUCGUCGCCGGGGUGGAGGGGCGGGGCAAAAACCCCACACACCACAGAGAAAAAAGAGCGCGCAGGCAGCCUCCGCUCCGCUACGCAGCCAUGGCCGCCGCCGAGCCCAAGACCAAGUACGAUCGCCAGCUCAGGAUAUGGGGUGAUCAAGGACAGAUUGCACUGGAGAAGGCUAGCGUAUGCUUGCUUAAUUGCGGUCCAACUGGAACAGAAGCGCUGAAGAAUCUUGUGCUUGGAGGAAUAGGAAGUGUCACUGUUGUUGAUGGCUUCAAAGUCGAAGCAUCUGAUCUGGGGAAUAAUUUUUUGUUGGAUGAAAGAUGCUUGGGACAACCAAGAGCUAAAUCCAUAUGUUCUUUCCUACAAGAGCUGAAUGAUGCUGUCAAAGCCAAGUUUGUUGAAGAGUCUCCAGCGACUUUGAUAGAUACUAAUCCUUCCUUCUUUUCCCAGUUCACUGUUGUCAUUGCAACUCAGCUUCCAGAGAGUUCUUUACUGAAGCUAGAUGAUAUCUGCAGGAAAGCAGAUAUCUUGUUGGUUGCUGCACGUUCAUAUGGUCUAACUGGUUUGGUCAGGGUCAGCGUCAAGGAACACAGUGUCAUAGAAUCAAAACCGGACCAUUUCUUGGAUGAUCUGAGACUUCACAAUCCAUGGACUGAACUCAAGCAAUUUGCAAAAUCAGUUGACAUAAAUGAUAAAGAUCCUGUUGUGCACAAGCAUACUCCAUACAUUGUUAUCCUUGUGAGGCUUGCCGAAAAAUGGGCAGAUGCACAUGAUGGUUGCUUGCCUUCAACUAGGCAAGAGAAAAAAGAGUUUAAGGACCUAAUUCGAGCCCAUAUGCUAAAUGUAGAUGAAGAAAAUUACAAAGAAGCUGUGGAAUCUUCAUAUAAAGUCUCUGUCACUCCAGGAAUCAGUAAUGAGAUCCGUCAGAUACUCGAUGAUAACUCUGCAGAAGUCAAUUCAUCUUCAUCAGAUUUCUGGAUUUUAGUGGCUGCUUUGAAGGAAUUUGUUGCAAAUGAGGGCAAUGGUGAACUGCCUCUCGAGGGAACAAUUCCUGAUAUGACGUCACUUACUGAGUAUUAUGUAAGCCUACAAAAGAUUUACCAAGCUAAGGCUGAACUUGACUGUCUUGCCAUGGAGCAUCGUGUAAAGUAUAUCUUGAAGCGGAUUGGUAGAGAUCCAGAUUCUAUCUCAAGGGCAUAUAUCAAAACUUUCUGUAAAAAUGCUAGAAAACUCAGGGUCUGUAGAUAUCGUAGUAUCGAGGAGGAAUUUAGCUCUCCCAUUCUCUCUGAGGUUCAAAGGUACUUCACCGAUGAAGACUAUAGUUAUGCAAUGAACUUCUAUGUUCUACUGCGUGCUGUUGAUCGAUUGGCUGCCAACUAUAAUAGACUACCUGGAAUCUUCGACAGUUUCGAUAGUGAGUUUGAUGAGGAUAUCCCUAGGCUGAAGACAGUUGCCGCUUCAGUGCUAAGUGAUAUGGGUUUGAACGGAGCAUCCUUAUCUGAAGACCUGAUAACUGAGAUGUGCCGGUUUGGGGGCGUGGAGAUCCAUCCCGUGGCUGCCUUUAUUGGUGGAGUCGCUUCCCAAGAAGUAAUUAAGCUGGUCACCAAGCAGUUUGUGCCGUUGCGGGGAACAUUUAUAUUCAACGGAAUCGACCUCAAAUCUCAAGUUUUGGAACUAUAAGAUGACCACAUUUGAGUUGCCUCAGAUUUUGUACCAUGGCCUCGCGGUCCAAUGAGAUCAGUUUGCCCAUGUACUUAUUCGACAUCAGAUUUGAACUGUAUCAUAGUACUGACGAGUAGCGUAAUUCACAUAAUGUUGACGUGAGUGGCAUUCUCUCCUUGUAAUUUAUUAUGGUCAAUAAUUUACUGUUUUUU